GACGUACUUCAAAAUAUAUAUAAACAAAUGAACGAAAUAUUUAUCAUGAGUGAAAAAAAAUGUCGAAAAGCUGCGAGUUUAGAGCUAAGUAUUUUACGAUGUACAAGAUCUGGAAACAUUGAAGAAUUUCGUGUUUAUUUAAAGGAAGCGAGGAAUGAGAUAUUAAGUUGGAGGCAUUCUAGAUCCGGGGAGACGUGUUUGUUAUUGUGUGCGAGAUAUGGGCAUAUUGACAUAUUACGGUAUUUGGUUGAAGAAUGUAACGAGAGUUUCGAGGAAUGGAAUAAUGAUGGCAAAAGAGCGCUACACGAGGCCGCUCUCGGAGGCCAUUUUGAAUGUGUGAAAUAUUUAAUCAGAAGAAAUGUUGAAAUUGAUUGUUUAAAGAGAGCUGAUUGGUUAGUUAGAGCUAAUUUGGUUUAAUUAUCACUAAUUAAUUAGUCAUUAUUAUGAAUUAUGUAUGCAAUAAUCAUCGUAUUAAAUAUCUCAUUGGCAUCAAUUUCAGCCAUAGUAUCUUCAGUUGUAGUGUAAUUUAUAACAUUAAUUGAUUGGCUGACUGAGUUACCGAUUUUAGUCGGCAAUGAACUACACAAGUAAAAACGCACAAGUUGUUACAAGUCUGCGAACAAGUUGUGUUCAGUUGUGACAAGUUGUUCCCAGUUGUUGGAACAAGUUUGGUACCAGGCUGUUAACAUGCAACUUGUGACAAGCUUGGUGGCAUUAUCAGACUUGUUACAAGGUUGUUACGUUCUAACAAGUUUGAUACAGUCAUGAUAUAACAAGAAUGUUGUUCUAACAAGUUUGAUACAUGCAGCCAUGAUAUAACAAGAAUGUUACAAGGUUGAUGGCACAAGGUUGUAACAAUAUUGUUCUAUCAUGACUGUAUCGGACUUGUUGGAACAACCUUGCAACAAAUCUGAUACCCCAAGUUGAUAACAAGUAUGGAACAACUUGUUAACAACUUGUAACAACCUGUUGACAAGCAGUGCGAACACAACAUGUUGACGGCUUGUUGGCAGACUUGCGACAAAAUGUGAGAUUUUUCAACAUUGACCUAGGACACCUCUGAUGCUCGCAUGUACAAAAGACAAUAUUGAGAUAAUUACUGAGUUGCUUAAAGCUGGAGCUAACCCGAAAUUAUUGAACAAAGAUGGAUGGAAUUCCUUUCAUAUUGCCACCAGGUAUGUAUUAAAAGCUUGGUUUACACAACCCUAUCAAAGUUUCUGUGAUCACAGUAGGAAUUUUGCUGUCACUGUCCAUCUUUUACUUCGUAAUAGGGAAGGUCAUGUUGAAAUUGUGCAACAUUUUCUGGAUGUUUUUCCUGAUAUUUGGGAUACCGUAAGUAACAAUGGAAGAACACCUCUACAUACGGCAGGUAUUAAAAUUUAAUUGGCAUAAUACACACCUGACCCAAUUUAUACAUGAGAAUAGAUCGCGCUAUUAAUUCCAGUAGUUCGCGCAAUUUCUUACUAUCCACGUACCUAAAUCGUAGUUAUCACACUCUUUGACUUUGGUCAUUAAUUUCGCGACUUCUGCACGCACAGAAACGCGUAUUUUUUACUCAGACGGAAUCACGGCUAAAAAUGAUAUCAAUUUAUCAUGAAUCUAUUUAUCAUAGUUUCUUUAAAUUAAUUUAAUUCAGCUUUGCAUGGACAUCUGGCAACAGUGGAACUCCUUUUGAAAUGGUAUGAUUUCGUACACGUUAACUGAUAUGUUUAUCAAAAUUAAGCUAAACUAAACUACAAAGUUAACCAACUUUGAGGCAUCUCGCCUCUAAAUGUCGCCGGCUAGAGCUACCCUGGAGCAGUUGCGAAAACUUCACGUUGUUCUUAAGUUUGUCAGAGCGAGCGCUGCACUGGAAUCGCAGAGCAACAGCCGUUCGAUUCCCGCAGCAAGUAUUCAGAGAAAACUGUGUUUGGUGAAGCCAAACUGGUGGUACUCCAUGACUCAUAGGCGACUGCCGGGGGAAACUCUAAUCAGACAACUGGAUAUUGCGAUAUUUUGAACACAUGCAGGUCAUAAAGAAGAAAUGAAUGCAUAUAUGCACUAUUAAACGGCCACGUUAUCAGCGGUAAGGCCUGUUUUUAUACGUCGAAUUUAAUUCAGACAAAUAGUUAAUUCGUUACUGAUUAAAUUCGUCAAUUGGUCGACAUUCAUUCCAUGAACUAGCAGCGAUCAUGGAUUACCCAGAAAUAAGAACCACGAGAUCAGAAAGAGAGAAACAGACUUUAUGAACGGAAGACGCGCUACAGACGUUGUAAACGUCUGACCAUGACGGAUAAAACGUCUUGGACGAAUUUAAUUCAUCAGACGAAAUUCAGUAAUUCGUUUCAUACGAUGCACCACCGUCGCAUUUAAUUUGUUCAAAUAAAUUCGACGAUAGUGCAACAUAUGAAACAUGCCUGAAGCAUGAUGCUGUUUCGAUAACGUACUCGUGUUAUUUCGCGACUAAAAAUGUAAACGUCUUCCUGAUUAAUUUGCUAGUGGCAGGUAUACAUCAGACUUUGCAGAUUCAUGUGGUACUACACCACUUAUGGACAGUUUCCGAGGCAAUUACGUUGAUGUGGCGUCACUUCUUAUUACUAAGGUAAAUGAUAAAUGUAGAGACACCACCUUCACGGCGGAAGAAAAUCAUUUUCUUCCUGGGAGCACAACCAGGAGAUAAAAUUUCCUGUAAACCAACUGAGUAUUUUUGUAUCAUACACAAAACAAAGAUCUUAUAUCUUGUAGCAAGUCUGCCAACAAGCCGUCAACAAGUUGUGUUCGCACUGCUUGUCCCAAUAUGGAACAACUUGUUAACAGUUGCAACAAUCGUUUUGAUAUUAUUGCAAGGUUGUUCCAACAAGUCCAAUGCAGUCAUGAUAUAACAAUAUUGUUACAACCUUGUGUCGUCAACCUUGUAACAUUCUUGUUAUAUAUCAUGACUGUAUCAGAUUUGUUAAAACAACCUUGUAACAAGUCUGAUAAUGCCAUCAAGCUUGUUACAAGUUGUUAACAGCUUCUCCCAAACUUGUUACAACAACUGGGAACAAGCAGUGCGAACACAACUUGUCGACAGCUUGUGAACAGAUUUAUAACAACUUGUUUGUAGACCUGUAACAACUUGUGCGUGUUUACGUGUGUAGCUGACCAUAGACUUUACUAGUCACCUAACACAAUGAAAUAUUUUACAUAUUAAGCACCACGCAAGACCAGAAGCAAAGGAUAAACUAGGACGACAAUGUAUACACAUUGCAGCCCAAUCUGCUUCCUUGUUAUCCCUCAAGUUCCUGCAAGAGAAAAUGAAGAUUGAUGUUCGGAAUGCUGUAGAUUAUUCAGGAAUGAGUGCUUUACAUAUCGCGGCAAAGGUAGGCAUAAAAUGAUGUGCGUAAUAUACAUGAAUUUGUCAGGGUUAGAACUUAGAGCUCCACAACUGGACUCUGUAGCUCAGUUGGUUAGAGCUCGACAACUGUCUCUCUGUAGCUCAGUUGGUUAGAGCUCGACAACUGUCUCUCUGUAGCUCAGUUGGUUAGAGCUCCACAACUGUCUCUCUGUAGCUCAGUUGGUUAGAGCUCCACAACUGUCUCUCUGUAGCUCAGUUGGUUAGAGCUCCACAACUGGACUCUGUAGCUCAGUUGGUUAGAGCUCGACAACUGGACUCUGUAGCUCAGUUGGUUAGAGCUCGACAACUGGACUCUGUAGCUCAGUUGGUUAGAGCUCCACAACUUGACUCUGUAGCUCAGUUGGUUAGAGCUCGACAACUGUCUCUCUGUAGCUCAGUUGGUUAGAGCUCGACAACUGUCUCUCUGUAGCUCAGUUGGUUAGAGCUCGACAACAGUUGUAGCUCAGUUGGUUAGAGCUUGACAACUGUCUCUCUGUAGCUCAGUUGGUUAGAGUUCGACAACUGUCUCUCUGUAGCUCAGUUGGUUAGAGCUCGACAACUGUCUCUCUGUAGCUCAGUUGGUUAGAGCUUGACAACUGUCCUCUGUAGCUCAGUUGGUUAGAGCUUGACAACUGCCCUCUGUAGCUCAGUUGGUUAGAGCUCCACAACUGUCUCUCUGUAGCUCAGUUGGUUAGAGCUCGACAACUGUCUCUCUGUAGCUCAGUUGGUUAGAGCUCGACAACUGUCUCUCUGUAGCUCAGUUGGUUAGAGCUCGACAACUGUCUCUCUGUAGCUCAGUUGGUUAGAGCUCGACAACUGUCUCUCUGUAGCUCAGUUGGUUAGAGCUCCACAACUGUCUCUCUGUAGCUCAGUUGGUUAGAACGCUGACCGGAAUCGCAGGGUCACAGGUUUGAUUCCUACCAGAGGGCUUAUGGUUGCAUUUCUCGCAAAAUGAAAAAAAACGAAACGAGUGAAAAAAACUGAAUGGAAAAAAAAUGAAUCUGCAAACAAUUAUUUUACUUUUCUACUUGUAUAGGAAGGACAUGAUGAAGCUGUGACGUUCUUGUUGGAAGCUGGAAGUGAAAUAAACCGCCAGGACAACAACGGAAGAACAGGUGAAUGUGGAUAUAUCACUGUUAGUGCUAGAACCACAAAUCAAGUUAGUUUAGGUUUCCUCCUGUAGUAACACUGGAUCAAUAAGAGAUGAUCCUUACUGGAUCUCUAGGGAGAACAGUUUAUAACUGAUAGAGCUGUCUAUUAUAAAUAAAGUUUAGUUUAGGUCUCCUCCUGUAGUAACACUGGAUCAAUAAGAGAUGAUCCUUACUGGACCUCCAGAAAGAACAGUUUAAAACUGGUAGAGUUAUCCAGUAUAAAUAAAGUUAGUUUAGUUUAGGUUUCCUCCUGUAGUAACACUGGGUCACUAAGAGAUAACUUUUACUGGACCUCUAGGAAGAACAGUUUAGAACUUAUAGAGCUACCCAGUUCAGUAGUUUAGUUUCGCCCCUAAUGUCAGAUCGUUCCCUCAUUUCAGCCCUCCAUCUGGCAUCUGCUGCUGGUCAAGCAUCGACUGUAUCUGGGCUCAUAUCCCACCAUGAAUGUGACGUCACAUUAACGGACAUUAAUAAACUAACGGCUUCGGAUUUAGCUUUAAAACCUGAAGUAAGAGAGAUCUUCUCCAAAUAUGAAGAGAACUUCAAAACUCAGAACGUCGACACUGCUUUGGUAGUGUGUACUUGAGAAUGUAGUAUUAUAUGGCAUUCUAUUCUUGUACAUAAGAUGACAAAAACGUCCUGCAAGAUACAAGAACAUUUCCUGCGAAUAUAUUUUGUUAAACACUUCCUGGCAGCAGUGCUACCCAGGGGCGCAGGAAGCAUCAAAAGAUUGGGGGGGGGGCACCGCUUCCAGGGGCACUUUUGGAUAUUGAAAAGGG